UCUCUGGGACCCGGAUGGCUGCUGAGAUGCACGUGUAGUGAUAUCGCUGGGAACUAUCGGAAUAGAGUUUUUUUCUAUCGCUUCUGUUUGGAAUAAAUCACAUCGCAAGAAUGGAGACCGAAAGCGCCGCAGCCUCCGGGGAAAGUUUCACAAGUGUCACCUCUAAAAAAACCAGGAAGAGAAGAGCGGCCGAGGAGAGGCCCAUGGACACCGGGGAGCAGCCGAGUAAGAGGCCGGACUUUCCUCCCAUCUCUGGGGAUAAGCUGAUGGGAGACAAAGAUGAAAUGAGGAAAGUCCCCGUCCCCUCACACAGGUACACUCCUCUUAAAGAAAACUGGAUGAAAAUCUUCACUCCGAUUGUGGAACACUUACAGCUUCAAGUGCGGUUCAACCUAAAGACAAGAAAUGUAGAAAUAAAGACUUGCAAGGAAACCACAGAUGUUGGCGCAUUAACAAAAGCAACUGAUUUUGUCAGAGCCUUUAUUCUGGGGUUUCAGGUUGAGGAUGCGUUAGCCCUGGUCCGGCUCGACGAUCUCUUCUUGGAAUCAUUUGAAGUCACAGAUGUUAAACCGCUGAAGGGAGACCACUUGUCUCGGGCCAUUGGGCGGAUAGCUGGAAAAGGAGGCAAGACAAAGUUCACCAUAGAAAAUGUCACAAGGACAAGAAUAGUUCUUGCUGAUUCAAAAAUACACAUACUGGGAUCCUUUCAGAACAUCAAGAUGGCCAGGACUGCAAUCUGUAACCUUAUCUUAGGAAGUCCUCCAUCCAAAGUGUACGGCAACAUACGGGCAGUGGCAAGUCGCGCUGCCGAUAGGUUCUAACAUUGCGUGAAGUGGAACGACUGAACAUCCUAUCAAUGUGGCCCCACUUACAUCUACCUAUGUGCAAUGAAACGGCGUGCAGAAGAGAAGAUCUCAUUGGCAGAAUCUCUGGCAACAUUUACAUCAAAGAACCAGCUGGUUGGCUCAGACUUGUCUGGCUCUUCCCAUUAAUAUUUAAGUGGUGUUAAAGACUUGAACCUAUAAAGGAUUACACCUCUGCCAAUACACUGUGAAAAUAAAUCAAUAAAUACAA